AUGCCUUUCAUGCCUUUCAUGCCUUUCCCGACCGGAAUCCUCGCCGUUCUGGCUCUCGCCAACACGGCAUCGGCCCAGAAUGCGACCGAGAUUGCCGCUGCCAAUGCGAAGAAGGCCAAAGCCAACGCGGACAAGCUCAACAAGGACUACUACAAUUACCUGUUCAUCAUCUGUGGCUCCCUGGCUGCGGCCAUGAUUUGCUGGAGAGUGGCCACCGAGACGGUCAAGUACGUCCGCCAACUGACGUCUCUGAACGACGACAAGCAGUUGUACUUUGUUGCCCCCUCGGGGAGAUUCGCCAGCUUUAAGAAGCACCUGCUGUACGCGCCGGUUUGGAGGAAGAGACAUAACAGGGAAUUCCAAUUGUCGACAGCUAUCAACAUGGGAACUCUCCCCACCAGACUUCAAGGUUUAUUCUUAUUGGCGUACUUGGGUACCAACAUCACUUUCUGUUUUGUCAGUAUCGAUUGGUCUCAACCAUAUGCCUCUGCUCUUUCGGAGCUCAGGAACCGUUCUGGGACCCUCGCCGUUGUCAACAUGAUCCCUCUCGUAAUCAUGGCUGGACGCAACAAUAUCUUGAUCAACUGGCUUAACAUGUCAUUUGAUACGUUUAACUUACUCCACAGAUGGUUUGGCCGUAUCGUAAUUCUGGAGGCCCUCAUCCAUACCAUAGCGUGGAUGCUCGCGGCCGCCACCAGGCCUGCCGGAUGGGCAGGAGUUCGACAGACUAUCACUACAUCUUCCAAACACACGUACGGAUUCAUUUCCACAAUCGCCAUGCUUGCGAUAUGCGUCCAAGCCAGCUCUGUAUUUCGCCACGCCUUUUACGAGACCUUCAAGUAUCUCCACAUCAGUCUAGCUAUCCUCAGCAUCGUCGGGCUCUGGUACCAUCUCAAGCUCGCGACCGCCCAUCAACUUGAACUUGUGUACGGAGUCGUCGCUCUCUGGGCUGCUGACCGUGCCAUACGUCUCAUCACGGUCUUCUACCGAAAUGGUCGCGGAUCCCGAGCUCUCGUCGAAGCCCUCCCUGGAAACGCCGUUAGAGUCACGGUCAAGAUGCCUCGACCAUGGACUUUCAAGGCUGGCCAGCACGCAUACCUGUACAUGCCUUCCAUUGGACUCAUGACGUCUCACCCUUUCUCUGUUGCGUGGUCUGAGGAGGAGGAAGCGCAGUCAGGAGAGGAGAAGCUGGCGAUGAAUAGACAGGAUAUCCUGGCUAUGAAGAAGACCAGUAUGUCGUUCAUCAUUCGGGAGCGCACCGGAUUCACCAGAAAGCUAUGCCAAAAGGCCGAGAAGGCACCCGAUCAGAAAUUCUACGUAACCACGUUCGCCGAGGGUCCUUAUGGAGGCAAGCACAUGAUGGCCUCCUACGGAACCGUGAUGCUCUUCGCCGGUGGCGUAGGAAUCACCCACCAAGUUCCUCACGUCCGCAACCUCGUCGCAGGCUACGGGAACGGCUCCGUCGCCGCCCGCAAGAUCGUGCUCGUCUGGAUCAUCCAGGCCCCCGAGCACCUCGAGUGGAUCCGCCCCUGGAUGACGGCCAUCCUCGCUAUGGACAAGCGCCGCGACGUGCUGCGGAUCUUGCUGUUCGUCUCCCGCCCACGCUCCACCAAGGAGAUCCACUCCCCCUCCGCGACGGUGCAGAUGUUCCCCGGACGUCCCAACAUCGAGACGCUCAUCGACCUUGAGAUCGAGACCCAGGUUGGCGCCAUGGGCGUCUCGGUCUGCGGAAGCGGCGGGCUGAGCGACGAUGUGAGAUGUGCUGUGCGCAAGCGUCAGCACGUCAGCAACAUCGAUUUUGUGGAGGAGGCGUUCUCGUGGUAG